AUUCAGGCCCUCUCCCGCUGCCAGAGCAGCCCUGCUUCCAGCUGCACAGCCAGUGUUAUCACUGGGUGCUAUUUUUGGCUCCUGAGUACAUCUCAUCCUUCCCAUGCCAGCCCUGGUACAAAGGACACAAACUCUUCUUCCCCCUCCUCAUCCUCCUCUCCGCUCCCAUCUGCGCGGUGCCGCUGCUGGCUCCAUCCCCCUGCUCAGGGGGCUCCUGAAACUUUUCCCUGCUCCCUCUCAGCUUCUGGACAAGAGGCUUUCCAUCCAAAGCUUCAUGUGGGAGGCUUCAUGUUGGCAUCCAGAGUACAUGUCCCAAGUAUGUCCAGCCUCACUUCCUGAUCCUAGUGCCAAAGAGCUGCAGACAGAUGAGAGCAGCUCUCCUCCUUCCAUACUGAGGAAAAGGCCACCUGUGGACCCAGCUGUGGGGGAGAAGCGGAGAGCAGAGCGCAGGGUUCGGUUUCGUGAGCCAGAAGAAGUCAUUGAACAUGUAAUUUCCUGCUGUGACUACAUAGUGGCAGAUGACAGGACAUCAUCUGGAUUGCCUGUGCUCCUGUGGCUCUUGUUUUGUGCACUGCUGAUCCUUGCUGUGAGUCUCUACUACACCAGCAUGAAGCAGGAUGUCACAGUCCUGGAGGAAUUUCAGUCCCGACUUGUCAUCUUCUUUCUGCACAUAAGACACGUUGCUCAGAGGUGCUGGACUUGGUUUCUGAGGCAGUAGCAGCAUCCUGCAGCCUGACACUGCUGAGAAACAUCAGUGCAAAGCUCUCAGUCUACUGCAGCCACAUGCAAGGAACACAUGAGCAUCCACCUCAAAGAACAAGGAAAUCACCCCUGCUGUGCACCAUCCAGCAAACACUUGCUCUCCUUUUUCCUUCUUUGUUGUUUUCCUUUGUUUCACAUCAAUGAACAUUCAUACUAAUGCCUUGAGGUCCCACCAAACUCAUGCUCCUUCACCCUGAACAGCAAACAAGUAUCUGGAUUUGGUCACCCAGAGUUUAUAAGCUGCUGAUAUGAGGAGCAAAAGCAGAAAGAGGAAUACAUUGAUCUGCGCAGGCAGCAGCAAACUCAGAAGAAAAGUCUUGUGAGUCUUAGGUCAAGACUUUAGAUACCAAACCAUCUUUCUCCUCAAGUCUCCAAGGAAUUACUCUGCAAAGAUUAAAAUAAAGCUGAGCCAUUGCACAGACACUGCUCUGGUGGCCAAAGGCUUGGCAAGCUGCUGUAUUUAUACACCUGAAAUGAUUAUUAGCAAAAUCCCAGCAAGUGGCUUUCUUGUUUCCUUUCACGCAUUUUUUUCAUCCAUGGGCAAAAGCUGGUUCUUAAUGCUUCACUUGACUCCCAGGUGUGAAAAAGAACAUGGAAACUCAUUUAAACAGCAAAUAGUUUAUUUGCCUAACAUAAUAAAUAGCAGCAUUGAAACCCAGGUUAAUCAUCACAACAGUAGUUUAAUUCUCUGGGUUUGAUUCAGUCCAUAAACCCCAGAGGCUGACGUGCAAGAUUUAUGAUAGUGCUUGUAUUCAGACAGAGGCUAUGCCUGAGUAUCCAAGGCCUUAUAUGAUGAUAAUAUGGACUGCUUAUGAAGGUGUUGGAUGCACAGUUCCUUCAUCACUGUCCCACCAUAGUAUGCAUUUCUCUAGAAGGAAUCCUGUUAAUGGAGAUCAUGUGAAACAGCGCUCUGGGUAUCUGAGAGGAGAACAAAUGACUGCAAGUUCAUGAGCUUCAAAGAACCAGCUCAACCAGCUUUUUAGAUCUUAGAUUCUGCUCAGAUAACACCUGAUGUGUGCUUGGGGUUAUUUUGUAUGGUAAGAUUGACAUCAGAACCUGUAAGUAAAAGAAAAAGGGAAAAAAUGUGGGGGAAGGGGAACACUGCAGAGAAGAUAAGAGAUGUCUGCAAGACCUUGGCUUAUAUUCCCCCUGCCAUUGCAACCAUCAAAAAGAAAAAUUGUUGCUUUAUUUCUAGUUAUUUUUUUAACAGAGGGCCAUACAUCUGCCCCAGCAGCCUUCUCCCAAGCAGCCCAAGAACUGGAGAGGACAAACAGGAACACAACCUGCAACCUUCUCUCAGGAGCAGAGGGGGCAGCAGCUUGAUUGAGAACAAGUCAGAAAAAUUGCAGCCAAGACAGAAAGAAAGAAAUGCCUUCAGUGGCUGCUCUCCUGCCUCUCCUAAGCUGUCAAAGCCCCAGGCAGGCAUUGGACACAGCUGGCCUGGGAAGCAGGGAUUGCUCUGGGCUGGGAAGCAGAGGGUGCUGCAGGAACAGGGUUUGGCUCAUGGGCUGUGUGCAGAUCACUCAGGUACCCAAGGGUAAAGGGUGAGUCCCACCCCUGCUUCCCUCCUCUCUACCCUGCCUCAGCCCUGCUGUUUAGGCAAUAAAGAAGAAAGGUUCUAAACCUG